AUGUUAUGGCCAGCUAAUCUCCCUCUUAUUGUUUGUUUACGUACCAUGCAUGAAACCGAAUCUGAUUUGACUUCGAAAUGGUUAAAGUUGACAAGAUUCAAAUUUUUUGUUAUUAUUACAAUUCUUGCGUUUAUCUAUCAUUGGUUACCAUUGUAUAUGAUGCCUGUUCUUGCGUUUUUUUCAUGGAUGUGUAUGAUGAAUACAAAAAGUAUUGUUUUAUCACAACUGACUGGUGGUGGAGGCUUAGGAUGGGGUACACUGCAAUUUGACUGGUCUCAAAUAACUGCACAAUUUGGAUCGGCAAUCAUUACACCUCGUUGGGCACAAUGCAAUAUUUUUAUCGGUUACGUCCUUGUCAUUUGGAUUAUUUUGCCGAUCUUGUACUAUUCAAAUUUGUGGCAUUUCAAAACGUAUCCGAUUGUUUUGCAAAAUUUUUUUAAUUUACAUCCAAACGCGACUUAUCAUUCAGACACAUAUCAUUUCAGCGUCACAUUUAUUAUCGGUUAUUGGUUUUAUUUGGCUUCCUUCGUCUCACUGAUUGUACACACAAUUCUCUAUCGUGGACACGAUAUUAUAAGAUAUGCUAGUACAUCAUUGAAAAAGCGUCAAAACGAUAUUCAUUGUACUCUGAUGUCAAAAUAUUUGGAAGCACCAGAUUGGAUUUAUGGGAUUGUAUUUUCAUGUGCAUUUGUCUGUGCCUGCUUCGUCUGCCAUUUUGGUGGACUUAUGCCUUGGUAUUAUUUACUUUUAUGUGUUUCAAUGUCAUUUUUCAUUCUAUUACCAACGGGUAUUGUUGUUGCAGAAACAAAUAUUCGAAUGGACGUCAUCUACCUUUGUGCUACAAUCGGUAGUAUGCUUAUUUAUAAUCGAAUAACUAGCGUUAAGCAUACUACGACAAUUGCGACAUUUAUAGGUUAUACGUAUGCAAUCCAAUAUCAGGCACUUUUUCUCCUAAGUAAUUUGAAAUUAGCAAUAGAAACAAAAGACGCAAUAUUUGAACAAUGCAAUCAUUUUAUGAAAAUCUCGCCGAGAAUCAUGUUUGCUACGCAAUCAACAAUAACGCUUAUGUCAUGUAUAAUUCGAUGUGGAGUAAUGCACUAUGUGUACGAAAAGUUUGGUAACUUAUGUGUAAGCCCCGAAUGGCUAUGUUCUCACACUGGUAUACAAGUACUAGCAUUUGCAGUCCAAGUUCAAACGUGGCAUGAUACCCAGAAAUUUCCGAGAGUACGUUCUGAUGUACUCCCGGACGCCAGUCAAGGUGCCAGUUAUGGACGAAGAGGUCCAAAAAGUUAA